GGGCAGAUGGGCGGCCAGGCCCGAUACGGCUGGGGGUCCGUCCACUGCUUCACCCGGCCUCGGAGCCGCCCGAUGGGGACGAACGCGCCGGGGGCCGCGGGGCUCUAGGAACGUGGGCCCGAUGCUCGGAGCCGCCCGCCCCCCAGCCGCGACCCCCGACCCAAAACCCCGGGCCCUGGCCGCGACCCCAGACCUGACCCUAACCCAUAUUAUACCUCUUCAGGUUUUCCUCAUCUGGAAAAUGGGACAGUAAGCCCCUAUUUCUCUGGGUCUUGGUGAAGAUUUUUUUAAAUGACGCUUGUAAAACGGUUUGGCAUGAGAAAUAAUCAAAACUACCAACGUUUAACUCAGCAUCAGGCGCUCUUCCAGAUACUGUAACUCACUGAGUCUUGACAGCAACCUCAUCAGGUUGAUACUUGUAUAAACCCCAUUUUACAAAUGAGAAAACAGGCUCAGAGAGAGAAGCAGUUUGCCCAAAGUCAAGCCGCUAGCAAGCAAAGCAGAGUUGGGAUCCAAGCCCAAGCAUUAUGCCCUGAGCCAGUGGGGUUUAUCAUUAUUCUUGACACCAAGGACCAGAGAUUUCUAUACAUCCACCUUGUAGCCCCACCUGUACCACUCACUGGGGUGAUAAAACCACGCAACUCCAGAGAGUCAGUCCUCUUGCCAUCAUCCACUCUUUACAGACAGACAAACGCCGCUCCUUGGAUGCCUCCUACACCUGCGGGGAGGAUCACCUGAGCCGCCACCACCACCACGCACAGCCCACCGCAUCUUCACAGAGAAGCCGCGACUGUCUGCCAGGCUGUCCAGGAGGGUGGCACUGGGCAGUGAGUCGACAAAGCAGCGUCUCAUCGUCUUUUCAGAUUGCCUGAGUGGCGGGUGAGGACCAGUAGGCAGCUUCCAAGAUGGGUGAAAGGAAAGGUGUAAACAAGUACUACCCUCCGGAUUUCAACCCUACAAAGCAUGGCUCACUCAACAGAUACCAUAACAGCCAUCCCCUUCGGGAGCGGGCUCGGAAGCUGUCCCAGGGCAUCCUCAUCAUCAGAUUUGAGAUGCCCUAUAACAUCUGGUGUGACGGCUGCAAGAACCACAUCGGCAUGGGUGUUCGUUACAAUGCAGAAAAGAAGAAGGUUGGCAAUUACUACACGACCCCGAUCUACAGGUUCCGGAUGAAAUGCCACCUCUGCGUCAACUACAUCGAGAUGCAGACAGACCCCGCCAACUGCGACUACGUGAUCGUGAGCGGCGCCCAGCGCAAGGAGGAGCGCUGGGACAUGGCGGACAACGAGCAGGUGCUGACGACAGAGCACGAGAAGAAGCAGAAGCUGGAGACGGAUGCCAUGUUCCGACUGGAGCACGGUGAGGCUGACCGGAGCACGCUCAAGAAGGCCCUGCCCACCCUGAGCCACAUCCAGGAGGCCCAGAGCGCCUGGAAGGACGACUUCGCCCUCAACAGCAUGCUGCGCAAAAGGUUCCGGGAAAAGAAAAAAGCCAUGCAGGAGGAGGAAGAGAGGGACCAGGCCCUGCAGGCCAAGGCAAGCCUGGACAUCCCGCUGGUGCCAGAGACGGAGGAUGACCGCAGGCUGGCCGCCCUGCUCAAGUUCCACACCCUAGACUCAUAUGAGGACAAGCAGAAACUCAAGCGGACAGAGAUCAUCAGCCGCUCCUGGUUCCCCUCCACCCCGGGACCUGGCGCCAGCAGCAGCAAAGCCAGCGGUGUCCUGAAGAAGCUGUCCCAGAGCCGCAGAUCUGCUCCCACUGGCUCCCCCAUCACCGUGGGGCACCUGGGCAUUGUGCGGCGGCGGUCCCGGGAGGUCCCAGAGAGCCCUCAGCACACGGCUGAGACCCCCAAGUCUGGGGAGCCACGGGUGCCAGAGGGCACCGCCCAGGACAGGCCCCCAUCCCCCAGAGACUGUUCUCAGGAGACAGCCAAGACCUGCAAGAACAGUAGGCCACCGGGGCAGGAGGAGGGCUGUCAGGACAGGCCCCAGCCCCUGCCGGGCUCCUCCCAGGAGGCAGCCAGUCCCCAGGACACACGCCAGCCCUGCAGCCUUAGCUCCUCCCUCGUGGCUGACUACUCCGGUUCGGAGAGUGAGUGAUUCUGGGGGCCAGAUUCACUCAGGAGGCCCCUCACAGGCUGCAGCCCCUUAACCCACCAGCCCUCGGAGAGCUCAGUGACCACCCUCCCCAGACCUCACCUCACAGUAAUGGAGUUGUUAUUUAUUUGGUCCUGGAGAGGGUGUCUGUGCCUUGUGGGACCCCCGACCUCCCAGCAUUAAAACCCUGCUUCUUU